GUCCUAUUACAGUUGCAUUCUUACUUUUUUUUUUCAUUUCUUUUCGUUUCUUUUCAUUUCAACAAACGCACCCUUUAAAAUACUCAACAUGAUUCCCUCGACUAUUCGCAUGGCUGCUGCUGCUCAGACACGCACGCCUCUGAUCAAAUUCCUUGGACCGCGUAGCGCGUUGAAGGAAGAACAUCAUGAACCUUCACGCCAUCCUGCGGCCCCCAAGGGUGCUGCAUACCCCCUCAAGACUGCAUCUCCUACUAAUGAGUCAUCAUCAUCAGCAUCGGUAUCAUCAUCAAAAUCUUCUAAUGUGACACAGACUCCGGGACCCCAUGGUACCACAAGACAUUCCAUGGACUUUACAGAACUUCCAACACGUUAUCGUCACCCUAUUUUGACUGAGGCUGAGAUUGAGGCUGUGGAGACUGGUGGCGCUUCCAAAAUCUACUAAAAGAGAAGAGGGGGGGAAAAAAAUGGUAAAAUAGAUCUUUGGCUUUCAUGGACAUUCUCUUUUUUUCACACUUGUCACGUUCACUUCCGUCAAAUAAAGAAGAACAAAUGAACCCG